AUGACAGAUGUAAAAUGCUCGGCCAAAGGGGAAAGUCUUCAGCAAACAGCUUCAUCCGCCAAAGGGAAGUAUUUGGAGGGCCUACGGAAGGUGGAAUCAAAUCCUGCCUUGGUCCCAAAAAGCAAAGAUCAGGAGCAGCCUUCCGAGGAGGAAUAUCAGAACGAAUUGGCCCUUUCAGGUGACAAGGUCAAGGAAAAGCCUUUGAAUUCGAAGAGAAGGGCUGAGGACACCAAGGUGCCUCAUAAAAAGAGUCGUACCUCCAUGGCAACCGAUACGAAUAAAAGGCUUGAGACAUUUGCCUGUCCGUACUACAGAAAGCACCCCGAACGCUAUCUUGAUUGUAUUAACUUGAAGAUGAUUCGAAUAUCAGACGUCAAGCAACAUUUAAAAAGGCGGCAUACGUUCAAUUACUCGUGCACCAGAUGCUUCGAGGGCUUCUCCUCGUCCAAGACAUACGAGGACCACGUACUAAAACAGUCUUGUCCGAUCACUGACUGUAACAACAACGAUGGCGUUUCACCCGAUGCGCAAGAAGCACUCAAGUACCGCGUUGAUAGAAGUUCCUCUUCUGAACGUCAGUGGCAUGAGAUAUGCAGGAUACUCUUUGGGACGCUCGGGCUUUCACUGAGCCCCUAUCAAGAUGGUGUUUUCAAGGAGAUAACAGGAAUUAUCCGUGGCAUAUGGAGGAACGAAGAGCAGAGUAUCAUCUCUAGUUUGAAGGAAACACAAAAUGUACCUUGCGCUGAUCAACUGCGCCCGCUUCUGUCCGAAAUCCUUACCAAAGUUGAAGAUUGCUUUGAGCAAAAAGAGAAGAAGCCUCUAAAAGGCAGUCCGUAUGAAAGAUCCAAGAGCAUUGAAGAUACCCCGAGAAAAUCACCAGAAGAGGGGAAAUUGGAGUAUGACUGCAAGCCCUCAGGGCUCAGCACUGUCAAGAACAACAACGAGCAGCUCGAAAUCAACGAGCCUUAUAAUCCACCAAUGCAAGACUGGUCUUAUUCAGCCGGCCUCGACUCAUCUAGUAACUUCUUCAACUAUACUGUGCUCCCGGAAUACCAGAACCAGCAGGUUGGGUGCCCGUUUAUGAAUCUCUCAGCAGGACUGCUUCAUCCUGAUGAUGGAAGAAAUUGGCAUUUUACGGGUCCAAAUUCUAUUACUGCAGUGGAAAAUAUCGUGGCACAACAAGUUUCUAUGGAGAACUCUACAUUUCCAGAAGACGAUCUCCUUUCGGCUCAGAUGCCCAAUAUGUUUGACUAA